AUGAAACUUUGAGGCGCAGGUUUUGUAACCGGCAGCUUCUGACCAAUCACGGCCUGACUCCACCGAUCACGUGACCGUCUUUUUUAUGUAACAAACGGGUAUCUAUGGGAAAGUCCGUUCACUAUACGGUGAGGGACCGCGGCAGCUAUAAAAUGUAUAGACACGCGAACAGACGAAAACCGAAAGAUUCAUAACAUUUUUAAUUUUCCUUUUUAUUUUGACGCUACAAUGUCGCUCCAGCCGCAAGUGGAGGACGCCCCGGAGGAGAGAAGCGCCUUCUUCAUCGGCGCUGACUGGGACAAUGUCUCUGAAGAGGAGGACCACCAUCAACUUAUACUACAGAAAGCCAACGCGUUAGCAUCGGAAAACUGCCUCAAAGAAGCCAUUGACUGGUUUUCGGUGGCUAUGCGGUAUUCUCCUGUACGACCGGAACAACUAAGCACUUUUGUUGACUGUAUCCUCCGCAACUUUAAGUGGAAAGCGGCUGGGCCCGAGUCGGUGUCGGGCCGGAGCCGGGACGCGGAGGACAGCUCCGGGGAGGACGUGUUUGACUGUCCAAACUGCAAUAGCUUCCUGGGUGAACCUGUGACCAUAGCCUGCGGACACUCGUAUUGUAAACGGUGUUACCAUCGGCGGCUGUUCUCCAAGUGCAGGCUAUGCAGUGAACCCGUGAGGGGCGAGGAGAAGGCGAGUGUUAUUCUGUGCGGACUUUUAGACAAAUGGUUCCCGGACGAGCUGAAACAGUCAAAGACGUUAAGCGAGGUGGACUCGCUGUGUAGAAGAAAACGCUACCAGGAGGCUGUGUCACUAGCGAGCGAUGUUAUUCGGUCAGAUCCAGAUAGGACAGUGGUGGCGCGACUGUCUCGAGCAGAGGCAUACAUGGCUCUGAAACAGUAUCGUCUGGCUUUGGAGGACACAGAAUUCUGUCCCAGGUCCAGCUGUUUUGCUGAAGCUUUGUAUAGGAAAGCUAUGGUUCUUCAUGAAAUGGGUCAAGUGGAUGAGUCUCUCCAAGUCUUCCUCCACUGCCUGGCUGUUGAUGAGGAUUUCCCCUGUGCUAAAAGACAAGUGGAAAAGAUCUUGUGUGACCUGCUCUCUCCAGCUGAUGAGAAUGUCAAGGUGGGCCUGAGAGAAACAACGCACAACACAUUGCCUCACUUGCGCAGUAAAACCCUUGAGACAGAUGCACAAGUUGAACCGCAGAGCCCGGUCCAAAGACAACACCAGGUCCGUGCUCUCUCCGCACACUAUCUGGAAAACCAGGAGAAACGCUGGGAGAGUCUGGAGCGUCCCGGUCUGAGCCGAGCUCUUUCGCUACGAGUGCACGGCUCUAGCUGUGGUGAGGAGGGGCUUAAGAGAGUUUGCUCUGCUCCUCAACUAGGGGACCAGGAGAAGGGGAGUUUACUGAAGAGGAAGCUGUCCGUGUCAGACACUGAACCUUGUGUUGUUUCCAGUGGAAGUAGCAAGCAUAAAAAACAAGGUGUGGCAAAAGGCUCCAAACAACAAAACGCCAAAUCUAAAACCUGCAGAAGUGUUCCUAAAGAUCUGCUGGACCCCAAUGACUUGGAGUGUUCUCUCUGCAUGAGAUUGUUUUAUGAGCCUGUGACGACACCAUGUGGCCACACCUUCUGUAAAAACUGCCUGGAACGCUGCUUAGACCACACACCCCAGUGUCCCCUCUGUAAACAGAGUCUGAAAGAGUAUCUAGCAUGUAGGAAGUACAUGGUGACAACUAUCCUGGACACAUUGAUCAAACAGUAUUUGAGUCAGGAGUAUGCAGAGAGAACUAAAACUCAUCUGGAGGAGACCAGAGAGCUUUCCGACCUGACGAAGAAUGUGCCUAUCUUUGUGUGUACCAUGGCUUACCCCACUGUGCCUUGUCCUCUACACGUCUUCGAGCCACGUUACCGCCUCAUGAUUCGCCGCUGCAUGGACACGGGCACGCGGCAGUUUGGGAUGUGCAUCAGUGACCCCCAGAAAGGGUUUGCAGAUUAUGGCUGCAUGCUGAUCAUCAGGAGUGUGCAUUUCCUUCCUGAUGGACGUUCAGUAGUGGACACGAUCGGAGGAAAACGCUUCCGGGUUCUGUCUCGAGGAAUGAAGGAUGGUUACAGUACAGCUGACAUCGAGCACUUGGAGGACUGCAGGGUGGAGGACAGCGAUGAACUAGAGAGACUACAAGAGCUGCAUGAUGCCGUGUAUGAGCAGGCCCGAGUUUGGUUCCAGAACCUGAAGAUCCGCUUCCACAACCAGAUCCUGCAGCACUUUGGACCAAUGCCAGACCGAGAAGCUGACAUUCAGGCAACUGCAAAUGGUCCAGCCUGCUGCUGGUGGCUGCUGGCUGUUCUGCCUAUUGACCCUCGGUACCAGCUCUCUGUCCUCUCCAUGACCAGCCUCAAAGAACGCCUGGUGAAGAUCCAGCACAUCCUCACAUAUCUGCAGAGCAUCCCCAACAACUAGAGCUUCCCACAACAAACAUCCUUUGAACUGUGAAGUGACAUUUAAGAAGCAACUUCUAUCGACGUCUCACGUUGUUUCUACCAAUAGCUGAUCCCAUUAUUUUUCUUCUUACGGCCACAAGACCCCAAAUUUACAGUUAUUUCUUUAAAACCUACAUAAGAUCAGUGCAAAACAGCAACACCCUUGAACUGUGGAUCACUAAAACCAGAGAUAUGGCCAAACCACCUCAGGGAUACCUGCAGUGAAACAAUUUUUGUUAAUCAUCAUUAAAAAAGUUUUUUUUUUUAAAGAGAGAGAAACAUGAUAGCACUAUUUCUCUUGCUCUUGUUCUUAAUGCAUCUAAUUUUCAUGAGAACUUCCUGAAUGAUUGUUGAGAAAUUCAAAGAGCGGUUGCGAUUACACUUGCUAACGUUUUGUUGAUACUAUUGAGAACGGCAGAGAGUAGUGCCUCUAACAAUCACUUUUGAGUGUCACUAUUUUCUGGUUAGUACGAAUGGGACUGAGGUGAAAAGGGUCAAAUCUGUUUUUAUUUUUGUAUCAUCUCUGGUGAGACCAUUGAAAAGAGAGUUUUCUGGUUUUGUCCGCUGGCCAUAAGAUGCUAUGUUUAUAUGGAGGAGAAACGGAGCGAUUCUGUGAAACUGAAUCCUAAAUGCUGAAAGUCCAAAAAGUGAAAGCAAGAUAAUAAUGAUUACACUAAUUAUACAGCCUUUAAAAGGCACUAAAAGAUGCUUGAAGAUGUCAUUCAGUUGGGUUUAGAGAAACCAUGUGAACAGAGAAGUGCAAAACCAAGUGCACCUAAAGGCUGGUGUAUGUGUACCAAACACUGAUGAAAGUAUUCUUUUCUGAGCAUCGAGUUUUCUUCCUACUCAUGUUACUUUACUGUUAGUUACUUCCAUCUCUGCCACUGCUGAGUUAAAAAGGACCUUCAUGUUGAGAGAAUGAGAUGAUCGGUGUCCCAUCUUUUUUAUACUCUGAAUUUCUUCCUGGUUCUCAUGCAAAGAUUGUCCACUUGUUUCCUCCUAGCAUGAGUUUAGAGGAACUCGUGGCCAUGACAUCUCAUUUUGUUUCUAUGUCUUCAAACACUUCUUCCUGUGACGGCCCUGUCUUCUCUUCUCUGGUUGGCUCACAGUCUGUCUUUGCUCAUCAGCCCUAUCUUCCAAGUGCUUUGUCUGUCAUAGACCCUCUGAGACCCUGCCGUUGUGUGGGGAUUUUGCAGUGAACGUGUUAAAGAUUCAGUGGUUCUGUUCUCCUAUAACUUGUGUCUCCUUUAAACCAAAAAAGUCAGCUUCCCAUUGAAUUAAUUAAAACUGGAUUAAUUUAUAAGCAAAAAAAAAAAAAUGUGUUUGUACAUUCUGACCUUGAGUUUGCAUUAGAAAAUAUAAAGGGGUCUUGCAAUAUUAUGACAAAUCAAAACCAGAAAAAACAGCAUGUAUACAGCAAAUGGGUUAGUGUUGUUCUUCAUUUAAAGCUGCUCUCUGUGUGCUUGGAGGAGAGAGGACGGUACCUGCAGCACUUCAGUCAGGGGACUGCAUUUGCCUUACACCAUUUUGCAUUGUGAUUUUAUUAGCGCAAUGUGUUUGCUUGGUUACCAUUCCCUUUUUUCCGCCAUCGCAUGAAGUAUGUUUUAAUUGUAUUAUUUUUCUCAGUUAGUUUAAGCUACCAUGUGUCCAUAAUAUCCAUAAGGACUUGGAAAAAAAACUCAUGUCAAGACUUCUAUGUAAGUUGUAUGUAAACCAUUUGUACAAAGGCUUUUUGGGCAUAUCUUGCUUUUUUGCUCAAAUGUUUUAAGUUAUCAAUUUUCAAUAAUAAAUGCACUUUUUUUCAA